UGAACAACGGAUAGUGGGUGUUGUAUUUCGAAUAUCUGCUGGAAAACUAACCUCCAAGGAAACUUCGCAUUCUCCCAGUUUUUUUUAUAUUGGAAGAAUAUUCUAAGCUUCAGUUCUUCUGCAAAAUAUUCAAUUACAAAAACCCGAUCAUGUCGAACGAGGGGUCCGACAGUAGUGAUGUUGAACAACCAACAGACAUGGACACCAGUGAAGGCAGUGAAGUUCCCUCUGAGAGUCCAUUACUUAUGAAAUCGAGGGAACAGUAUCAAACACUUUAUCGCAAAUUUAUGGAAUGGAAGGAGACAAAUAACAAGGAUUCACUUAAUGAGGAUGUCUUCAUGGAUUACUUCACUGAUUUGGCUGAAAAAAUGAAGCCAUCCACCCUGUGGUCCCAGUACUCCAUGCUCAAAGCUACCAUGUUUGCUAAUGACAAAAUUGAUAUGAAUAAUUUUCAAAGAUUGAGAAGCUUCUUGAGGACAAAAUCAAUUGGAUAUAAAAGCAAGACCAGUCAUGCUUUCUCGUCCAGGGAAAUUGAGACUUUUUUGAAUGACGCUCCUGACAGCCGGUAUUUAGCAGAGAAGGUCUCUUUGAUUUUUGGAAUUCUCGGUGCAUGCAGAAGCCACGAGCUCGUUCACAUAACUGUCGACAACAUCGAGGAUGAUGGUACAAUAGCACUAGUGACAAUUCCAAGAACUGAGAGCGAUCCCGAACGUUCGUUCACAAUUUGUGGUGAAUUUUACCGAGUGUACAAGAGAUACGCUAUGCUGCGCCCGAAGAAAACAGACUGUCGAAGAUUUUUUCUGAGUUAUCGUGGUGGAAGAUGUGUAAAUCAGGUGAUUGGCCUUCACAAAUUCGGUGGUAUGCCAAGACAAAUUGCUACUUACUUGAAUUUACCAGAUCCCGAUGGUUACACGGGCCACAGUUUCCGAAGGACUUCAGCAACACUUCUUGCCGCAUCAGGAGCUGAUUACAAGACCCUCCAAAGUCAUGUAGGCUGGAACUCAAAGAUAGCGAGGGAUAUCGCCGAAGGAAAAAGGCGAAAUCAAAUUCGAUUGGCCAAGCAGAUAACAGAAUCAGUGUUUUUGAAACCUUCGACAUCUACUUCGAAUGAUAAUUCUGAAAUUCAAUCAUUUGGUGAACCAGCAACCGCUACGCCUGAACAAAUACAGAGGUUCGAUGAUCCGCUGUUUAUUGACUGCAACACGACUAUUAAGGAGGAGAUCACAGAGAUCUCGGAGGAGACUAUUGAAUCUGAAGAGUUGCCACCACCAGUUAGAAUUCUUCCAUCUGGUCCCAAGGUCAAAAUUAUCCGUAAACCGGCAGCAAAGCCAGUAGCAGCUCAACCAGUCAUUCAACCAGCUAUUAGUCAGCCAAUAAAGAUUGCACCUAAACCUGUCAUCCGUAUUCAGCCGAAAAUUUUACCUGCGCCGCCUUCCUCGCAGAAUAUCAAACCGAAGAAAAUUCUACCCGGCCCUCCUCCUCUUCAGAAUGUUCCCACAAAGCGUCUGGUAGUGAAGACAAUUUCAGUGCAAAGGCCGCCAGGGUCAACACCUACCUUGAACCCGCACCAGAAGCCAACAGUUCAGAAUGCAGUACCUCAGCGCUCCCCAGAGGUCUGUCUGAGAUGGGGCUUUUAUCACAACAACAUGCAGACCAGCUUUCCAUCCUUCCUUAACUCUGAGGAGUUUGUCGACGUUACUCUCGCUUGUGAGGGUAAGUCUGUGAAGUGUCACAAAGUCAUUCUUUCCUCGUGCAGUGAUUAUUUAGCAGCAUUGCUACGUGAAAAUCCCUGUCAGCAUCCAAUAAUUCUCAUGAAGGACCUACAAUUUUGGGAAGUUGAGGCUCUCGUUAGAUUUAUGUACAAAGGGGAAGUCAAUAUUUCUCACGACAAGUUGCCACAGCUUCUUAAAGCAGCUGAUGCACUCCAGGUUAAGGGACUGGUGAAUUUCACUUCAGCACAGUUUUUAUUGCAGAGUAAAAAGUCCGUGACGACGGCUCCACCGCUGGCAUAUUCACCAAAUCCAUCGGCUGGAGGUAUUCCAAAGCGUACAGAUAUCAAAAUCCAAGAGGAAGCUCCAAAACAGACUGUUAAUAUCUCUAAUGUGUCAGCGAAGCAUAGUGCAAAUAUCCUGAGACGAGGAAUUAAACGUCCGUUGCAGGUAAAGAGAGCUUCACUUGUCUCUAAAUGUCGUCGACUUCCACCAAACACUCCGCCACCAGUCGAAAUCUUAUCACCAGAGAUUAAGGAGGAGACCCUGGACAUACCGCUGGGCGAUUCCGACAUUUUUCCUGAGAAUCAAGAUUAUGAGAAUCUUAUAAUGUUGAAUGAGGAUAGCCCACAUGAGGACAAACCACCUGAACCCCCUGCCGAUAGUAUCAUGCAAUCUAAACAUGACACUGAAGAUAUUGUUGAGGUCCAGAUGGACAUGUUGAGGGACUUUUUGCAAGAUGAUAAUGAUUUUUUAGAGAAGAUCGAUGCUGUGGACGAUGAUAGUGGAAAACCUCCUUCGGGUGAGGGCCAACGUCAACUGCAAGAUUAUGAAUUGGAUGAAACCGAUGGAACAUUUAAGCGGAGAGACGCACCAGAGCAAUAUCCAACAACUGAACAAAUACUUGUUAGGCGCGCGCAUUUUUACUCCCGAGUGUUUACGUUUUUGUUCCUAACCAAACAAACAGUCUCUCCGUCUCAUUCCCAAAAUCAUGUGUUAAAGAAUAUCGGCGUGUUAAUUUACGUAUUAACAAUAUUUAUUAUGAGUGAAUCGGACGAUACGGAUAUUCUGCUGCUGAUUCCCCCCGAUCUGUUCACCGUGGCAUGCUCAGGAUCAGAAGAGAGUUUGACCAACGGCUGUUGUUCGACCGGGAGUCAAGUGGUUUCGGAUCUUCUGGAGCAAGUGCAAUCGCUUGAUGGUCGUGUGAAGGGUCUAGAAACGAGGGAAAUUCCCCUCAAGUCAUCCCCUAUGCCUCACAAGGUUGAUUUAUUGACCCCUGACACUUUUGACUCGUCCAAGCUCUUCAAGAGUCCCCCCUCAGCCAUUAAAAAAUUUCCCACCAAACCCCACAACCACUCAUCUCCCCUCAGAUACGUCCCCAGCACAACUUCCACUAAUGAUCCCAGGGAGAAACGACAUACUGACAUGUUUCCAAACUACUACCAUCGCUCUGCUACGACAUCGGAGCUUAGUAAUCUCCACCUCACCGAUCGCUUCUCCCCCACAAACUUUAAAUCAUCUAAUUCGUGCGACACAAACUCUCUUCCUCCAGCGUUGGAUCUUAAAACUGAAGGUAAAGACUUCAAUUUCCCCAGAGAAAAUACCACACGAACAGAUCCUCUGGGGACGAGUGAAUUUUCACAGCUACUGAACAACAACUCUGGGAAUUCACUUCUGGACAGAAUGAGUGAGCGAAAAUCCCCGAAGAAGGAGCAGUUUGUAAAGACGAUUCGAGACAUCUCAAAAAUCCAGGAAAACUUUUCCAAACUGUCGACACCGAGUGAAGUAAAUACUGUCAACUCCAGAAACUACAAUUUCCCGAUAAACUCGGAGUACAAUAGAUCUCCUGGCGAUGAAAAGAGGCCGGAAACCGGAGUAAAAGCGGAUUCCAUGGAUUUUAAAAGCCAGAAAUUACUGUCGCUGACAGACUUUUGGGAGCCAGACUCAUCCAAGAGUGAAGUUGAAAAAUUGAGGAUUAAAAUUGAGGAGGAAAAAUUUAGACGUGAACACUGUGAAAAAACAAUUCAGGAGUUGCAGAAGAGGCUGUUGGAACAACAGGAGAGGGUUGCGGUUGCCAUUGGAAUCGACAAGGAGAAGAACAGUAUUAUUCAUCAGUAUCAAUCGAUAACCCAGAAAUUAAAAAAUCAGUUUCAAACUCUCCAGUCAAGCCAGAGAAAGUUGGAGGAGAGCUCAGCGCAAUCGAGGGCAAGCCAUCAGGUGGAAGUGGAGGGCUUGAGUAGUGAAAUAAAGCAAUUAGGGGAAGAACUAUCAACGUGUCGAUCAUUGUCUCAAGAGUAUCGGGAUAAAGUUGAUGCGGGAGUGGAGGAGAAACUUCAAUUACUGGCGACCCAUGCCAACGAAUUGGAAAGCUAUAAAUCGUUUGUUAGAACGGCAGAGGAGAGGUACGAGAGACUGAAAGGUGAUUAUGAUAAAUUGGUGGAGAAGCAUAAAAUGGUGGAGGAGGCCUCGUCGGUGGCACAUCAGGAUCUCUACCGGGAGAGAUUAAAAGCUGGGGAGAUUAGGAGUGAAAUGGCUUUGAUUCGCAAGGCCCUGGAUACUUGUGAGGCCGAACUCACGGUUCUCCGUCAGGAGAAGGAGAAUCUGCAGUUGAAGCUCAAAGAGGAGGAGAAGAGAUGUGCAAUUCUAGAGGGGAGGAGGAGUAAUCUUCUGGAUGAAUUGAAUGCGGCGAAGAAAUCUGAGGAAAUGAGGAAGGAGGAGGUCCAGAGACUCGUCGAACAGCAGGAGCAGAUGAGGGGAGAACUCAGGGAAAUUUAUCAAAAUCAAGUUGAUGAUGUUGUUAAGGUGAAGCUCAAGGAGUUUCAAGCACACUUGGACUCCGCUGAGGCUGCAUUCAAGACUGAACUCGAAGUGAAACAGAGAGCUAUUGCAGAAUGUGCUGCUGGUAAAAUAAAAACGAUUAUCGAUAAACAUCAACUUGAGAUUAAUCUGUUGGAGGAGAAGCACAAAGAGGAGAAGAGACUGUGUGAACUGAGACUCUCCCAGAAUGUCAAGAAAUCAAAUUACUUGGAGGCAAAGUUGAAUGCACAGCAAGCAGCCAAGACGAAAAUUGCCGAGCAGUUGCAUUCACUGAUGGAGAAGCAGUGGAAACAGGCAGUGCGGAUUAUUUCCUCUGGCAAUGAUAGUAGUUUUGGUAAUUCAGAUACUUCGAGGGAAAUUAGGAGCUUAAUGAAGACCAACGAUUUUGAUGAAUCCGGCGGUAUGGAGCCAGUCAAGCUUGGAGUUUCAGCGAAUAAAAACUUUUUCUAUUCACAUCAGGACCACGACGAGAGUCUCAUUGCGUUCACGAAUAAUGAUGAGUCGAGGGAGAAAAUGAGAGACUCCAAAGAUGAUUUGAAAAAGUAUAUUCAAAUGAUCCUCCAAAUGCAAGAGUCGAAGAGUCUCUCAGGGACAAACGGCGGGAAUGAGUCAUCGGUUUCAUCGUCUGAAUGCAGACAAGUACCACGAAAAUACUACACGAAAGCGGAUGCUGCCUUAACCAGUGAGAAAACAGUAACUUGGCAGCAGGCAGAGCCUUCGACGGUUUACAAUACAGUAUCAAUGACACAAGUAGAUAAUAAACCAUCGAAACCACCAUGGAAGUGAUUUGUUUGCGCUGAAAAUACCAUGGAAUUAACUUUUUCAUGUUUUAUUACGAAUAAAACAAUUUGUAAUUACUUUUUA